GUGGAAAUAGAGCUCGGCACUGACUGGGGUCGUGUGGCCCCUUCAGUAGAGAGGCUCCCCUCCCCCAGUCUCCCCCUGCCGGCCGCAGAGGGGGGAGAGAGUAGCAGGAGCAGCAGGAGGAGGAGGAGGAGAGGAGAGGAGGAGGAGGGUUUGAAGCCGUGGCAUGUAUGAGCUCAUCUGAACCCAAUCUCCGCUCCACACGAUCCUAUGACCGAGACGGGAAUAUAAAAUCACAAACACAGGUGACUAUGGACCUUUAAUUGCCGACCGUCGUGGUUUUCUGAUCCGGACGGGGAACCGGGAGGGGGUUUAAGGAGCGGAGGCGGCGGGCGGAGCGUCCGGUCGGAGGACGCGGUCUGGGCCGGAGGAGGACGCGGGGAGAGGGAGCCUUCCUGCGGGCAACAUGUAGAACCUACACGCCGAGGCGUAGCUUCUCGUUGCAGGGUGGUUUCACCGCUGUCUUAACCUUCAUAUAGAGUCACAUCUGUAUCGCUCUAGUGGUAUUUAGAGAACAUGAUCAGAGUUAGCUUAGCAUAGCUAGCCUGCUAGCUCAAAAUGGCCUCGGUGUCUGGUGCAGACAAAGCGCCCGCGUCUGGCGCCUCGUCCCCCGGCGGCUCGUCUCCGGGGCCCGGAGCGCCGUCCUGCUCCCAGGGAUCCCCGGAUCACUUCUAAACAUUUUCUUACUCUUUCCACCGUCAGGACAUGUCUGAAAAAGUAAACGCUGUUAGUACCAGACGCCGCCUGCUCAUUAGCGCCCUCUAGUGGAGGGACGACGCAUGGGUUCUUGCAGCCGAACCAUUUGAAGUCAUCUUUAAUUGCAGGUAUUGAGUAAACAGAAAUUGGCCCCUUGUCCUAUUUCCAACUCUUUUCUGUUUCCAUCUCUUUGUAUGAAUAACUCUGUGUUCCAGUCUCAGGAUGAACCAUAAGCUGUAAUUCUACUUGUCAAUAUGAAGGCGAUAGAACCCAAGUAGAGUAUCGCAGACCCCUGGCCGCCACCAGCUCCUCUUAGUCCGCUUUCAGCCUGUGAUCUGCCUGGUAACCGACCCUAACCCCUGGUAACCGACCCUAACCCCUGGUAACCAACUCUAACCUCUGGUAACUCUGUCUGAACCGGCACAGAGAGAGGUCCCUCUAUUAUGCUCUUCCCUUCCAAAGCUAGCUAAAACGUUUUUUAUUUUUCUUAUACUAUUCAUAUCUAGUGGCUUUUCUUGCAGUUCUACCUAUUUAAAUGAUCAGUGUUCAAUGUUUUCGCUAUUCACUUAUUAGAGAAACCCUGUUUUACCACCAGGUGGCAGUGUUUCACCACUUGUGACGUCACUCGGGCAGAUGAUGAAAUUGUCUCCUAAAGACUGAACCACAUUCCACCUGGUGGUGAAAUACAAACCCUUUGGAUUCUUAACCCCCGACGAGAGAUGACUGUAUCGGAAUGAUGAGCGUCUGUACGUAACCGUGGGAUGGGAGCCUUGAGGCUAAUUUGGUUCUCAGUCUGUUUGUUGUUUGUGCUAACUGUGCAGCAGUACCUUAUCUGGUGGUAACCUUGCUAUUUAUCCCAGCGCGUGCUAACGUUGCAGCGGUACUGUUUAGCCGGUAACCAUGCUGUUUCCCCUAGCGUCCGGCUAACAUUGCAGCAGUACUGCUUAGCUGGUAACCAUGCUGUUUCUCCUAGCGCGUGCUAACACUGCGGCGGUACUGUGUAGCUGGUAACCAUGCUGUUUCUCCUAGCGCGUGCUAACACUGCGGCGGUACUGUGUAGCCGGUAGCCGUCGUGGUUCAGUGGUCUGUUAAAAGUGUGGUUGUUCCGCCCAGCAGGAACCUAAAAUGGGCAGAAAUGGUGCUGAACAAAAGCUGCUUGUCGCUCGUACUAAAGUACAGCGCUGCAGAGGGGACCGCGCUGCUAUGCUAAUGCCUGUGCCUCUCAACAGGAAAGCGCCGACAUGUUCCCGAAGGGCACCAAGAGAAAGUUCUCUGACUCCGCGGACGACCCGGCGCCCGAGCCGGCCGCGCCGCCGGCCCCGCCCCCCCGGCCGCUGGCCCCGCCCCCCCGGCCGCUGGCCUCCACCUACAGCCUCCAGAGGCAGUCGCUGCUGGACAUGUCGCUCAUCAAGCUGCAGCUGUGCCACAUGCUGGUGGAGCCCAACCUGUGCCGCUCGGUGCUCAUCGCCAACACGGUGCGGCAGAUCCAGGAGGAGAUGACGCAGGACGGCAGCUGGCAGCUGAUGACGCAGGCGCUGGCCGCGGCGCAGUGCCCCGCCGACCGGCUGGUGGCCAGCGAGCUGCUCUGCCGGCAGACGGACCCGGCGGCGGCGGCGGGGGGGCCCAAGCCCUACGCGCUGGUGGGCGAGGCCUACCGCACGGAGGAGGUGGUGAUGGAGGGGCCGGCGGGCGAGGGCGCCACCUACCUGGCGGGGCCCUUCGGCGUCAGCCCCUGCUGGCAGGAGGAGGAGGAGGAGGAGGAGGAGGACGGGGACUGCGAGGAGGAGGAGGAGGAGGAGGAGGAGGAAGAGGACAGCGAGGAGUGCGCCUCGGAGGGGGAGGAGGGGGAGCAGGUUUUUGGGACGUUUGAGAUCAAACACCCGCCCCCCGGGCCCGACCCCGCCCUGGAGGAGCUGUUCUCGGACGUGGACGCGUCGUACUACGACCUGGACACGGUGCUGACCGGCAUGCAGGCGGCCCCCAAGAUGGGCCCCUACGACCUGCUGGAGAGCCUGUCCUCCCACGGCCCCGCCCCCCUCAGCUCUAGCUCCUCCUGCAGGGCGGACCUCAACGAACUGGACCACAUCAUGGAGAUCAUCGUCGGCUCCUAGAGACUUACGGCCCCGCUCGGACCGCCGGCGGAGCGGGAACACGAUGCUAACCGUCUGCUAGCGGGCCGCUAACAGCCUGCUAGCGCACUGUUAGCGGGCCUCUAAGUCUUCUGUCAGGAUGUUGGCACGAUGCUAACCGUCUGCUAGCGGGCCGCUAACAGUCUGCUAGCGCACUGUUAGCGGGCCUCUAAGUCUUCUGUCAGGAUGUUGGCACGAUGCUAACCGUCUGCUAGCGGGCCGCUAACAGUCUGCUAGCGCACUGUUAGCGGGCCUCUAAGUCUUCUGUCAGGAUGUUGGCAUGAUGCUAACCGUCCGCCAGCACACGGCAAAAACACUGUGCUAGCACACUGUUAGCACACAGCUAACAUUGUGCUAGCACACUGUUGGACGGCACAUGUCAGUAUGUGCCAUCACAAGUGGUGAUUGUUGGGGUUUUGUGAACAAGGUAGGAAAUAAGAAGUUGCUGGAUGCUAACAGGUAUUUAGCUGAAUGCUAACAGGUAUUUGGCGGCUACUUCACCAGGUGUCGGUUGGACCAUCAUAAGUAUUGUUUUGGGGUUGUUGUAUUUUUUUUUGUUAUAAGUUAUCUUCUCUACUCUGAAACUUCACCCUGCUCUUCAAAGUUUCCUGCGUUGAUAAAAUUUAAACCCCAACAGUAUCGGUGAGACGACAAAGAUAACUACAUAUCCCAGGAUGCAUUAGUUCUUUCCACAUUAUUUAUUAUUCCAUGAACACUACAGAGGCCAGAACAAACCCUUGAUCCAAAUCUAUGAAGCAAUGCAUAUUUUCCUAAAGAUUUGAGCAAUUAUGAAUGAAAUAUAUGUAUAUGUAGGUAUGUGUAUAUAGAAUUAUAUUUUUUUGCAUAUGCAGCAGUGGGAUUUUAAGUAUAAUUUGAUGUAAUUUUUUCCCUCUUACGUUUUUUAAGAUUUUAAGGUAGCGAGACUCGACCACAACGUCUUCCUUAGUGUUCGUUAUACAACUGUCGUUCAUCUCCUCACCACUAGAGGGGCUCUGAUCCUCCUCCAUCACCGUCUGGUUUACUGUAGGACUCCGAGGCCGCCAGGUGCCAGCUCUACCGGGAGAAACUCCACAAGAUACAUUAAAAGCCAUAUUUCUUCCUCUUGUUUAAACAAAACAGAACUAUUCAAGUUGACCCAUCUAAUUUAUUUCAUGUUUCUGUAUUUAUUUGAUUAUUUUUUUUAGGUACAGACAGGUUAUAACUGAUGUCUCAAUUCAUCAACACAUCCCGUUUUUACAGAACAUUUUAUAUUUACCUGAACGAUGCCCUCUAUUUAAAAUGCAGCAUCUAUUUAUUCCAUGCAUUUUCUUUUGUUAUUCUUUCUAAUAACCGGGUCACUAUGCAGCUCAUUCACACUUUUCAAAAUGAUUGUAUCCGAUUCAAAGACCUUUUAUGCAAACAGUUGCCUUUCUCCUGAAGAUAUGGAAAUGCUUUCUCCAAAUUGUUAUCAUGACGUAGACAUUAACUCAGGCGAGGCGACGGCGGAUUGGACUCUGACGUCACACUGCUCAGAGCGAAGCCUUGGGGACGGACUUGGACUUCAAAGACUUAUUACAGUUGUAAAAUGUAUGCAUUUUUUACAUUAAGAAAAAAAAAUCGUUGUAGCAUCUUUGUAAAUAUUUUUUAUAAUAAAAGGUGCAACUAUU